AAUCAAAAGUCCCAAAAUUCAACUACCCAACCCCCGAACCAACAACAACGUUCGACUUUCACUCUCUCUCUCUCCUCCUUAACGGAUAAGCCACCGCCAUGGCCUCCACCACCACCUCCGCCACCGCAAUCCUCUCACGCGCCACCACCUCCGCCACCCACCACCCUCCGCAACUCUUCUCCACCUUCUCCCCCAAACUCCGCUUCUCCAAAUCCACCAAACCCACCACCAGCAAACUCCAUGUCUCCUCCCCCACCAACAAAUCCACCGCCACCACGACAAGCAAACCCACUUCCGAAAUCAUCUUCUUCGACGGCGGAGCCCACUACGGCGACCUCCUUGCCAACCUCAUCCUCGGUUUCACUCUCCUCUGGCUUCCCCUAACCCUAGCCGCCGUUUUCAGAGCCUUCUUCCUUCGGUACCGAUUCACUAACCUGAGGGUGACCGUGAUUUCGGGACUGACGGGUCAAGAUCGGAGUGAUUUCUCCUACGAAGUGAUCAGAGACGUUCAAGUUGUGCCUAGGUUUAUUGGGGAGUGGGGUGAUGUUAUCAUUACCUUGAAGGAUGGUACUAAGGUGGACUUGAGAAGUGUCCCUAAAUUUAGAGAAAUUGCAAAGUACUGCCUCUCCAUGGCUGAUAAGCCUGCUGUCUUGAAGGAAAGUGGACCAAAAGGGUUUUGAUGACUUGGUUUUCUUUUCCAAGAGAAAGUAGUAUUGGAUGCAAGCUGCUAAAAAUGAGGCUGAAAGUGUGUUUCUUCUCAAGCUUGACCAGAAUGGCUGCAUUAACUUCGGCGCCAUUUAUUGAACAGACUCCGAAAGAAUGAUUAUAACAAGCCAAGUGUAGGUAGAAAGAUUACCGUUCAACUAGUUUUACUUGCCAAUUACCUUGAACAUAAUUCCAUAUUAUGAAUGAUGUAGCGGAUUGGGGAACUUUUGCUUUGCAAUAUAUGUAUAUAUAUAAAUAUAUCCAAGCUAGAUAAAUAGCUUGUACUUGAUUUGUAUUGACGUGGCACAUUUGCUGCACAAUUUCAAAUGUAGGAUUUUUGUGGGAAGCUUUUAGAUUUGA